AUGACCAUAGCUAAAGGGGACGGCCAGGAGAAUAAUGGCAUAUACUUGGUAGAUUCCAUCCAGGAUCACUACUUCGAUGAUGAAAAGGGAUGCACAUACUUCCAUAUCAAAUGGCAGGGACACGAGAGCAGAAAGGAAUGGACAUGGGAACCCCAGGAGAAUCUUGAAAUCGGAGGCGACGCGUUGGUGGAGAAUUAUUUUGCAAGCCUCGCCAAGCGGCGGAAAAGAGCUAGAAAGUCUGCGAACAAGCGACCAAGUCCGACAGGCACUAAUCCCAGCAUCAAACCAGGCAAGAGGAGUGAGAGUUAUCGCCUUGCCCGCCCAAGCCGCACACCGAAGUCGACGUGGGAGCCUCCUCGGGGCACGUGGGAGAACGAAAGUUUUCACAUCGAUGGCUGUCAGGGAGACAGCAUAGAAGACUUGAUGAUUUACGUUACCUGGCCCGGAGGCCACAAAACCAAGCAGAAGAUGGACUUUUUAUGCAAGAAAUGCCCUCAAAAGAUGCUCCGCUAUCUGGAGCAGUACGUGUCAAUGUCGUAA